CUUUUGUGAAACAGAGAAAAAUUGGAUAUAAAAGCUGCAAGAAAAUGGCCAAGAAACACAGUCGAUACAAAGACUUCGAACGAUACAACUAACAAAGUCAUACAACUGCAAUAAAACUUAUAAAGAAUUUAAAGCACUAAACACCGUUUGAAGCAAGAAUAUUGUACAGAAGAUAAACCUUAAUUUUCCAAGCAAAAAUCUGUAAUCAAUUGAAAAGAAAAAUAAGGCGAGUGACAAUGUUAUUUGGUUCUUGGCAGUUGAAAACAACUGUCUAUGUUCUAUUUUUGGCAUCGUGUCUAGGCCAAGAACUACUUCGUACUUGUGAACGUGAUUACUGUUAUGAACGUUCUGUUGUUAUACGCAGAGAUGAUCCAAGUUAUUUAAGAGUAGGAUAUCGUGCUCUUGGUGAAAAUUUUGAAAGCAAAAAGUCUCUAGAACUUUUAGAAGAUGCAAAUCGUAUUGACAUUGAUUUUAACCGCAUCAGUGCUCUCGAUGAACGUCGUGAAGAUAAUCGUCGAGAAGAGACUAUUCUAAACGAACUUCGUCAACGCCAGAGCAUAAGGGUUGAUGAACGACGUGAAACUUUAAGACGAUUAGAUGAUCGAGAUCUUAUCAAACGCUCAAAUGAGAACCGAAAUCAUCGCCAGGCAUUACGACAAAAUAAUGAACACGAUGAAAGAAAAUUUAAUGAACGUGAAGAUCGUCGUGACUUAAACAGACGUUCAGAAGUUGUACGCUAUUCCCAAAGGGAAGGUGAAGCAACUGAACGUCGUGACGAAAAUAAACAACGACGUAUAGAACGCUACGAACUCUCCAGGCAUGGAAAUGAACGCGAAAUACAACGUGAUAUUAGAAGAUAUUCAGAAGACAAUAAUGAAGUACGUGAUGCUGAACGAGAUUAUAGAAAUCGUGUUGAUGAACAUCAGAAUUCCCUAAGGCUACUUAAAGACCGUGAAUCUCAACGUUAUAUUAGUAGACAUUCAGAGGACACUCUCGAUGCAAAUCUUUUACAAAGGAAUCGGGAAUCAAUAGAACGUCUAGAUGAUAAUAAACGCGAACGUGUAGAGCGGGAUGAAGCUUUAAGAAGACUCGAUAACCGACAGGCAGAAUAUAUUGGACAGCCUCAACGUAUAGUCGAGCGUCUCUUCAAACAACAACAAAUUGGCAAACGUAAUGUUGAUAGACGAGCAGAUAAUACUCUCCAGUCUCAACGUAUAGAUGAACGUGACUCCCAAAGGAAACGUGAGUUAACACAACGUCGUGAUGAGCGUGAAGCCCAACGAGAAAGUAAUAGGCUUUCAGAUAACCACCAUGAAUCAAAAGAACGCCUAGAUGAAAACAAACGCGAACGUGUAGAGCGCGGUGAAGCUUUAAGAAGGCUCGAUAACCGACAAGCAGAAGAUAUUCGACAGUCUCAACAUAUAGACGAGCGUCUCUCCAAACAACGUCAAAUUGGCAAUCGUAAUGUUGAUAGACGAGCAGAUAAUACUCUCCAAUCUCAACGUAUAGAUGAACGUGACUCCCAAAGGAAACGUGAGUUAACACAACGUCGUGAUGAAAAUAAACGGGAAGGUGAAGAACGCAAUGAACUUUCAAGGAGACUAAAUGAGCGUGAAGCCCAACGAGAAAGUAAUAGGCUUUCAGAUAACCACCAUGAAUCAAUAGAACGUCUAGAUGAAAACAAACGCGAACGUGUAGAGCGUGACGAAACUUUAAGAAGACUCGAUAACCGACAAUCAGAAGAUACUCGACAGACUCAACGUAUUGACGAACGUCUGUCCAAACAACAUCAAAUUGGCAUUCGUAAUGUUGAUAGACAAGCAGAUAAUACUCUACAAUCUGAACGUAUAGAUGAACGUGACUCCCAAAGGAAACGUGAGUUAACACAACGUCUUGAUGAAAAUAAACGGGAAGGUGAUGAACGGAAUGAACUUUCAAGGAGACUAAAUGAGCGUGAAGCCCAACGAGAAAGUAAUAGGCUUUCAGAUAACCACCAUGAAUCAAUAGAACGUCAAGAUGAAAACAAACGCGAACGUGUAGAGCGUGACGAAACUUCAAGAAGAUUCGAUAUUAGACAAGCAGAAAAUACUCGACACAAUCGAGCAGAUAAUACUCUCCGGUCUCGACGAAUAGAUGAACGUCUCUCCCAAAGGAAACGUGAGUUAACACAACGUCGUGAUGAAAAUAAACAGAAACGAGAAGAACGGCAUGAAUUUUCAAGACGACUUAGUGAGCGAGCAAAUCAUCGAGAGUUUAAUAGGCAUUUAGAAGACAAUAAUGAGGAACGGAAAGCUCAGCGCGUUACUAUGAGGCGUGCAGAUACUACUCGUGAAUCUCUUAAAAUAAUUGAACGACUAUAUGAAAGAAAAUAUGAAGGAACACAACGUCGCGAUGAAAAUGAAAGAGAUGAAACUUCUAGACGACGUGAUGACAAUCUACGUCGCGAUGUAUAUAAACGAGAACAAGUUGAAACAAUGAGACUACCUGAUGACCGUCAUGUGCAAAGAGAUGUAAGCAUACGUUUAGAAGACAAUCGUGAAGAACGUCGAGUUGACAAUCGCAGAACUCAUCGUAAUAUUGACAGACGUUCAGAUGAUAAUAUUGAUUCUCAAAGGGAACGUGUAGAACGAUUUGAUCGGCAAGAAACUAUAAGAUUUGAUGAUCGUCAAGUACAACAAAAUGAUAUCUUACGUUCCGAACGCAACCGUGGAGUACAACGUGAUGUCAACCAACGCUUAGAUGAUAUUCGCCAGCAUCGACGUUUAGAUAUUCAGAAAACUUCGCAAAGAGAACGGGAAUCAGUGCAACGUCAUGAUGUUAAUAAAAAGGAACGAGAAGAAAGUUACGAAACUGUGAGGCGACUUCUUGAUCGUGAAGAUGAACGUAGUACCACCAGACGAUUAGAGGACACCCGUGAAUUUCGACGAUAUAGCGAGGAACUCUCUCAAAGAGAGCAAAGUGAUAUUGUUAGACGUGAUACUCGAGAAGAACGAGAAUCUUUGAGGCGUGAAUCACAACGACAAGAAAGCAGACGUUCAGUAGAUAAUCGCGAGGAACGUCAAGAAACUUUAAGGCAUGUGAGGCAUUUUGAGAAUACACCUGAAUCUGAACGUCUACUCCAAAAUAGAAGCGAACGACAAGAACGUGGAGAAACUUUAAGACGUCUUGAUGAUAGUCAAACUCAUCGUGACGUCAGUAGGAGGUCAGAAUAUGACCGGGAAGACCGUCGAGAAUCUUUAAGACAAUUAGAUGAACAACGUAUGAAUGACAGAAGGCUUGAUGACAGUCGAUCCUAUCGUGAAAGUAAUAGACGUUUUGAAGAUAACCGCGAAGAUCAAAGUAAUAUCUACAGAAUUUCGAAUGACAAUCGUGAAGAUCGCCAAACCGAACAAGAUGAAAGUGUUUGUUUAAAUGUUAUUCGCAAAUCAGAACGUGUCUUCCAAAGGGAACGAGAACAAACAAAAACCGGCAACACAUUCAACCGAUUUGUUGAUCGUCAAACCGAGCGUGAUGUUAUUAGACGUUCAGAAGACAUCAGUGAAGAUCGUCAAUUUAGACGAGAAGCUCAACGUGAAGUCAUUAAGCAUUCAGAUUAUGAUUCUCAACGCACAGAUAAACAUCUUUCUCUAAACGAACGUGAUUCAGGAGAUCAUCGUGAAGAACACAAUCGAGAACGAGUUGAACGUUUUGAAACUUUAAGACGAUUUGAUGACCGUGAAACUGAACGAAAAGUAAAUCUACGUUUACAGGAACAACCUACCCAAAGAGAACGAAAUGCUGAACGUCAAAACGAAGAGCGAGAACAUAGAAGAGAACGUGUGGAACGGCAAGAACAAAAAUCUCGUAUUUUCCAAAUAGAAUUUGAAAAUAAACGAAACGAUGUUAAAGAACUUAAUACAGAGCGCACAUUUACACUCAAACCAAAUAAUAAUAACAAUCAACGUAAUUACCGUUAUAUCGAAGAUGACUAUGCUCCGAAACCAACUGUUUUCCUCAAAAAGAGUUACUUGUUCUUCGGUCAAGGUGUGAUCUUGGCAUUUGUAAUUAUGAAAACUCUUAAUGGCAAAGAUGAUUUAAAAAACCAAUUACCCCAAAAACUACGUACGGCUGUUGAUAUGAUAGGCUUCUAAGGAAAUGGAUAUGUACAAUUGAAAUUCUACUCAUCUUGGCAAUGGAACAAAUACUGUAUAUAAUUAUAUUAGAGAAAUCAAAGACAAAAAAUGUGUACCUAAAAGCAAGAUUAUUUUAUUUAAAUAUAUUAUGAAAAACUUAUCAAUUUAAUCCCCAUACAAAUAAUUUUGUGAGCAACGAGUUUAACUAAUGCAAAAAUAUGUUAUAUUGCAAAAUAUUAUAAUCGAAAUAUAUAAAUAUUGUUAUUAAGAUAAUAAAAAUAUGCAAGAAGUU